GCUUGGCGGCGGUGGGUAGCCAAUGAGAGGCGGCGCGGUAUGAUCACGCUCAGCUGAUCCAGGAGCGGCGACCCAAGCGAGGAGGACACACUUGUUGCCGAGUAGCAGAAGCGUCCACUACUUUCGUCUUCGUCAACGUCUCCACUGCCUUCAGGUUUGAUGUCUGCGUUGCCGUCAUCCCCGUGGAAGUGCGGCUGCAUCGGUCAGCUCUGUGUCCUCCUCUUGACCUUCCUGCCCCACAUCCUUGCAGGCAGGCUGAGUAACUGCAGCCACCCUCUGGUGCCGGAACAUGGCGGCUUCCGCUGCGAUCCCUCGCCCUGCAGAGGUUUCCCACACAAGAGCUCGGUCCGCAUGUUCUGCGAGGCCGGGUACCGCCCCAACACGUCGGGUGUCGCCUGGUGCCACCACGGCGCCUGGAAACCCCCGCUUCCCGCCUGCGUCCGCCUCAAGGGGGGCGCUCACGUGAAAGUGGACAGCGGAAUCCACGUGGCGUCCACGGCUGCGGGCGUGUCCAUCUUCCUGCUCACCACCACCGCCUGCCUGGUGGUCAAGUCCCGCCUCUGCACCUGUCUGUCACACAGCAGGCGGCGGCCGUCUGACCAGCUGGACCUGAUGGGGGAGGGACUUCCUGUCACGUUGCCGUCCUACGAGGAGGCGGUGUACGGCAGCUGGGGGCAGCGCCUCCCCACUUGCUCGUCGCCGGGCCCCACCCAGCUCCUGUUGGCCCGUGAGCCCCUCACUGACCAAUCGGGGGAUGCCCCGCCCGCUUACGAGGAGGUCCAGUCACAGGGCAGAGACAGGACGAGCGACGUCCAGCGGCUACGUGUGUCGUUGUCGGACGACAAGGACAUUUGAAGGACAGUUGAACAUUUGAUUCACAGUUCAAGGAUGUGAUGACUCAGCACUUUUUUUUUGGGGGGGGGGCAGCUGGCUGGCCUCCAGAUGGAAAAUGAUUGGCCAGUUUGCACACAUCUUAGUCAUUUUAAAAUAUUUUUUAAUAUAUGUGUGUGUGUGUGUGUGUGUGUGUGAGAUGCGUACUUGAACGCAUGUUUCCAUGGCAACCAACUGUGUGUGAAUUCCCGCCAGGACUGUGUGACUAAAUCUGUUUCAACAUGUGCUGGUGUUAUUUUAAAAUGCUUCCAUUAUGAUUGCGUUUUUGUUUAACCCACAAGGACAUAAUGUGAAUGAAAAUGAUCUGUUCCAGGGUCAAACCGUGGCCUUUUUUUUUUUAACAUGUUCAACAUUUUUAGCUCAGAUUACCCUCCAAUUCCGAGGGAAUUUUGCAAAAGCGGAUCACACAUGCUGAAUGUUGAGUUUCUUGGAUGAGCUCUUGUAAAUAAAGUUAGAAAAUACAAAUAUGAUGCCUUAUAAACUUCCUGUUUGCAAUCUCACAA